AUGUCGAGCGUUGGCGCUGCUGUCAUCGUCUGCACAGCUGCUAAGCAAACAGAUGUAUGUGAGGAUAAGAUGGGGGUUCUGAUAUGUGGAGGCGGUCAGACCAUUCGUGUCAGGGAUGCCUGGUACGGUUCCACAAGAAAUAGCAACUGCAGAGGCGACACUGCUAGGUGCAACACCCUAGAGAAAGCUAAUAAAAGCAUCAUACGGGACCUGAAGGACCGCUGCAACAGGAAGUCAAUGUGUACCAUGAGACCAGGCAACGACUUGUGGGGCAGUGACCCCUGUCCAGGAACCCGCAAACUUCUACGCGUAGAUUACGAUUGCAAAUAAUUCGUCUGCCUCCAACCAGACGACAUUAUCAUGGACUGCCAACCAUCUUUUGCCGGUUCAGUAACUAAUACCAAGCCCAUGGAAAUAUUAAAUAAUCGGUUAUUUCUCUACUCGUACAUAGCUAAAUUAAAAUUAAACUAAAACCCCAUCUUUCUGUGAGAUCUUGAGCAAAAUCCCAACAACCAUGUAAAAUUUAUCAUCUAACUAUAACAUUAGGAGUGGAACAAAUAAAUCUCGUAAUAUCAAUGAUAUAAUGAUAUAUAUAUGAAUAUGAUUAUAAAAUAUAAAAGGUUUAGGAAAGUUGCUUGCCUACUACUGUGUCAUUACUGUUUGCUGGUAAACCUUUUUAAGUGUUAGACAAAUUGCGUACUCAUCCGCACAGUUAGGAAACGCACACACGCAAGCCUGCACAUUAGCACACGCUGCUAUAUAUGAAAGUGUACGCGAAUAACGUCUAUCACAUUGCUAUACUAUUAAACGGCAUUUCCAUACUGUAACAUAUAGUUAGAUCUGUGUUUGUGCUCACCCAAUGCUGUCUCUGUCAAGGGAAAUGUUAUUUGAUUGAAUUUACACACUUUAAGCACAGAUCACAUGCUCAUUAGUGGUGUGAUAUGAAAACUUCUAAUCAUAUUUUCUCGAUUUAAUCAUUAUUAUGAGCUUUUCUUUAAUAUUUUUGAUUAUGUAUUUUUAUAGAGAUGUACACAUUCGUAGACACAGUUGUUAUCAUUGUCAAGAUUCGAACACGACGUGUAUUUCGUUUAUAUCAUAUGCGAGAUGUACGGUAUAUCGAUGUGUUGUAAUUGACAGUAAUUAAAUAGAACGAGUAGGCCUACCAUUUACUUGAAAAUAAUUAUAGGCAUGUAUUAGUCAGAACAAUACAAUCUGUAUACACGCAGAGAAAUACACACAGUUCAGAACAGAGUAUAUAGUAAGACGUGUAGUAGUAAUACAUAAAUUGUUGAAUUGAAUUGUUCAUAUAAUUGUAUAUCAUUGCACAGUGCACUGCACACCUACUCACAUCGUGUGAGCCAUAGAAAGAGUAUCCUAUUUACUCUCUCUGUACUAUCAUAUGUGAUGAUGUACUCGUGAGUUUGAGAAAGCGCUACCAUCUAUAGCCGAAUUGAAUUCAUGUGUACCAUGGAUGUACAUACAUACAUCUAUUAUGUGUUCAAACAGUAAUACUUACACUAGCAAGACACCGCAGAUUUCAUUACGGGACGUCUGCGAUCUGGUACUACAUAAAUUAUGGUACCCGACUGAAGCUGUGUUACAUUUUCCCUUGCAAUGAUUCUCCUGUGUCUAUGAUAAUGAUGGCUAUAUCAGAAAGCCGCGACUAUUAAGGAUACUGUUAGGGUUACGGACGGGUACACUGUAAAAAGCAUUGCAACAUAACUGCUCAUCAAAUUCAAUCAAACUCAUAUCCAUUACAUAAGAAAGAUGUCUCUCUACGCUCUCGAUUUUUUUUAAUGCAUCGCUAAUUAACCAUGCGCAACAACAGCUCGAGAUGCCCGCGACAGCCUAUUCGUCGAAUCAUCCACAAACGCAAUAUUUAUAGGUAUAACAACUAAACUCGCGGGCACGUGUAUAUCUUUCGCGUGGAGACCCACAGGCACUUGGAGCGUUUCAAUACAAUAUUCAAUUAGCUAAUAUAAUGCUUAAAAUAAAUCCGAAAUCGCUAU